AUGCCGGAUUCGAAAGUUGUGGCCGGGUUUGCUUCCUCAUUGAGACGAUCCUCUAAUUAUGGCUAUGUUGAUUUUGAGCAGCUUUCUCCAGCGACUUCGGUUCGUUCAGAAGCAAUUUCCAGCGUGAAAAGCAUCCGUGGUCUGAGGUCUACCCCCUCUCAAACUGUUUUUAAUGCUAUCAACGUACUAAUAGGAUUGGGACUUCUUUCUUUGCCCUUGGGCUUUCAUUAUGCAGGCUGGGUGCUGGGCCUUUUUUGUUUCACAUGUGCUGCUCUGGCUACCAGAUAUACUGCUAUAUUGCUGGGUAGAAUAUUAGACCGGUAUCCUGAUUUAAACACAUAUAGCGACAUCGGUGCUCUUGUCGUCGGGCAGAACUUCAACCGGCUGAUCAAAUGCACGUUUUUACUUGACCUUAUGGGUGCUGGUGUCUCUAUGGUUGUUCUUUUUGCCGACUCAAUGGGUGGUAGGGUGUGGAAAAUAGCAAUCUGUUCGUUGCUAUUUUUUCUCAAUUUUCUACCAUUGAGUGUACUGUCUUUUCUCAGCUUUUUGGGAAUUCUGUGCACCAGUGCGGUAGUUGUCCUGGUGUUUGUGUGUGGACUGUUGCAAUCAUCUCCCCCUGGUUCGUUACUAUCUCCGGUAGCAACCAAUCUGUGGCCCUCCAGUUGGGUUGAAUUUUUCGUCUCUCUGGGCAUAUUCAUGGCUCCUUGGGGUGGUCAUGUGAUUUUUCCUGAGCUCAAACGGGAUAUGCAUUCGCAGUCGAAGUAUCCAACAUGUGUGGAUAUCACGUUUGCAUUUGCAUACACCACAGAUGCCGUUAUUGGUGCUCUUGGGUUCCUCAUGUAUGGAGAAGGAGUUUUGGAUGAGAUCACGCAAAACUUGUUACUGAACAAGGGUCUUCCCAAAUGGGUGAAAACGCUCAUCAUGUCGCUGAUUUGCUUCAUUCCAUUGGCCAAACUGCCUCUUGUUUCUCGUCCAAUUUUGAGUAUCUGGGAUGCAAUGAUACAAAAACCACGGAAUUCUGAAACUGAGCCUCUAAUUGAUCCUCAGAUAGAACCAACCAGCCAUAAUCACAGAGCAAUGUUUAUUCUGGGUCGGUUUUUUCUGAGCGCUGUUUUCCUGAUUCUGUCGUUCGUCUUUUCAAAAUUCGGAAAGAUCAUGUCCCUGAUAGGAAGUGCCAUUUGCAUUCUAAUCUGCAUUAUUCUUCCUUUGUAUUUCCACAUGAUCCUACUUGGCGACACCUUUGGCGUUUGGAAGAGGAGAAUUACCUGGUCUGGCAUUGUUUUAUGUGGUAUUUUGUCUAUAUGUGGGACGAUAUCUGUGUGUAUAGUUUGA